UAAUGUCGGUAUUAACACGUUACGAUAAUUUGACCCUAAAGCCUACAAACUAAACACAAAUGUUUUAGUACAGGCAUUUUUCUCCGUCAGUUGAAUCCAGGGGUCCUUGUGAUGUAAACAAGGGUCCUUGCAACAGAAACGGAGCUACAUACACCAUGGUAACCUGAGAAAAAAGGGGAGAACAAUGAAAAUACCAAAAAGAAAGCUGUUCCUUCUCCUUAUUUUUGCAUAUGUAGCGUUUUCACUCUAUGCUGCGUAUAAUGUUUUCUUCAGCACCAAAGUACUAUCCCGCGUUCACAGGGUGGUGAAGAAAGAGACGGGAGCACAAUCGGGUGGUGUCAGGGAUGGCGGUGCUCCAUACGUUGCUGAUGAGUGGAAUCCGUGGGAGGAUGAACAGGUGGAGUACAACUCUGCUUUGAACAAAAAGAGAGAGGCCUUCAAACAGUACCUGGGUAAAAUUGACAAGAAAAAAACCAAAAGAUACAAGGUCCAGAUAUGGGGGAAAGCUGCAAUAGGGCUUUACCUUUGGGAACAUGUUUUAGAGGGCCCCCUCAACCCCACUGACAAGGUAGCACAAUGGAGAGAGGGGGAGCUGCAGUCAGGGAAGAUUGAUUUCAGUUUCUACACAGGUCCUGCUGUGGUGCAGGGUCAUGUGCCUCUGGACAUGAAUAGUCUGGUUUUGGUUCUCAAUGGCCGCGAGAACCAAAAAGUCACUUACUCCACACGGUGGCUGGAGCACGUCCAAACUCUGGUUCAGUCCAAUACAGUGUCUCACGUUGCCGUGGUUCUGCUGGGCAAUGAGCACUGCAACAACAACUGGAUCAGCCCACAUCUGAAGAGAAAUGGUGGCUUUGUGGACCUCCUGUUUGUAGUGUAUGAUAGCCCCUGGGUCAAUGACAAGGAUGUCUUUCAGUGGCCUCUUGGUGUUGCUACAUACAGACAGUUUCCAAUGAUCAGGCCUAAUGCCCAGUUAAUUACCUCCAACCGGCCAUACCUCUGCAAUUUCUUAGGAACUGUUUACAAAAAUUCUUCCAGAGAAACACUCAUGCAUAUUCUGACACAGUCUGGCCUGGAAAAGGAUUGCAUCACCACUGGGAGGGAAAAGUGGCUCCCUCAGGAGACAGCAGACAGUCUGAGACGCUAUCAGACAGCUCUGGCCCAAAGCGAGCUCACUCUCUGCCCAGUUGGGAUCAACACAGAGUCUUACCGCAUCUACGAGGCCUGCUCUUAUGGCUCCGUGCCCGUAGUGGAAGAUGUGAUGACACCUGGGAGCUGUGCAGCAGGGCCCAGCUCCCCGCUACGACUCCUAAAAGCUGCAGGGGCGCCCUUCAUCUUCAUCAGCGACUGGAAGGAGCUCCCAGCCAUCUUGCAGAGGGAGAGAGGGGUGACACAGGAGCAGAGGGUGGACAGGAGGAGGAGGCUGCUGGAGUGGUAUUCCAGCUUUCGUCAGCAGAUGAAGGAAAGGUUCACCGAGGUCAUCGAAGAGACCUUCUUCAAAAACGGCUGA